GACUCAAUUAGUUCUUAUGAAUAUUCAAUCUGAACUUCCCAUCUUCGUGAGAGAGUUGCAAUCAGCCUCUGUUGUUGGCACAGGCCAAGGAGGAUGUGCGCUGGUCUUUUGCAAGGAAUUUGCUUCGGCAUGUGGCCUCCCGCACACAAAGAAAACCAUACAUCUUCAGCUGGAGGACAAAACGAAGGGGCCAUGGCCUGUCACGUUAAUCCGCAGUGAGCAUAACAGCAACCAGAGGUGGCUUACCACGGGGUGGAAGGAAUUUGUCACGGAAAAUGGCCUGAAGAAAGGAGAUGCCUGCCUCUUCCAGCCAGACAAGAGCAGCAACACCAAGGGCCUUACAAUGACUGUUUAUCUGAUUCGCAAGUCGCCGGAAAAGGAGCUGUAGCUCAAGCAUGUUGACUUGUGGUUUCUUAUCAAUCGUCUAUAUUUAGUAUGGCUCUAAUAACUCUCUUAUGCCCUCUCCUAUGAGAGCUGACUUGUUGACCAACUUGAUGCUGAGUUCAUUUAGGUGACUUGUACUCCCUCCGUUCAUCUAGAUACAUCUAUUUCUGCGA